GCCGUUUCGAGCUGGAAGCCAUGGUGUCGUCCUCCUAUGAUAUAGGUCUGACGUCGCCAGUCUCGAGAGCCACUGUACUUUUCCUGCUUGGACCAAUUAUCAGUUCAUCAGCGCAGGAUGCUCGUGUUGGGUAUUCACGUUACACGAAUGUUAUCAAGGACAAGAUACCGUGGUUGAUAGGCAACCUCUACUUAUAUAUCCCCUUCGUGGCUAUGUGUUAUACAGCAUGUUCUUUGUUACCAUCGCUAUCAAACUUACCUGCUCUCUACAGCAUUGUGGGCGCCGCAGAAAUCUGAUCAUUCUGUCAGAUGACGAACACUUGCUCCAAAUCUUCAAUUCAACUUGUGUAUCCCUCGUGUGGCUGGGACAGUCGCCACAUGUGAGGUAGAUUUAUGGGCUCAUGAUAGUACCCACCCUAGAUGAUACUGUUCUCCAAGUAAUACA